GACUCCUGUUUUUGAGCCAGCAGAACUCUGAUUAAUGAAAGCAUGCAUGCUUUGCGCCAACAUAAUCGUUAGUGUAGUCCUCAACACUCGGAGUGCUUUCUCCUGAAAUCUGUUCUGGCGGGAUUUUUAGCGUCUGCAAUAAAACUUCAGCACCGAUUAUAUCUGUACACAAGAAGGCCUUUCUUUUCGUCUGGAAUAUCUGCUUAUCUUUUUCAUCUGCCAUCCUGUUUUUAUUUUUCGAUAUACAAGCACAUUCUGUUUCAGUAUAACAUGAAACAUGCUCUAAAAGGCAGCACAAACAAAAAAGGAGGUUUCGUGUUUCAUUCACUUCACUGAAUUGAAUUAGCAGCACAGCAGCUGUAAACGUCCUAAUUUUGAUCCUCACGUUCAAAGGGUUGAGUUAAUAUAAAAAUAACCCCAAGACGUUGUUGUGAAGGAGUAAUUAUCUAUAGAGACCAGACGUUUUAUGCUAAACAGUGCAGUUAGAAAGUGUUUGGAUACAGACACAGACCCACAAUUUUAAGUAUCCGACUGUAAAGUUACUCUAUGUUAGUUAAGUUACUGUUACUGCAUCCUUAUUAAAGAUAUUUAAUCCUUACAUGUAGUUUCCAUGCUUUGAAACCAGCCUUUUAAAGUUUAUUUCAAGAUGAAAGCCUUAAUUGUCUUUUUAUCCAACCAUUUUCUUGCACUUCUCCGGUUCAGGAUCAGAGGGGCCUGGCCUAUCCCAGCUGUCAAAGGACAUCCAUCUGUCACAGGCCCAAUGUAGAGAGACAGACUGCCAAUUGCACUCACAUUCAAACCUACAGGCAAUUUAGAAUCACUAAUUAACCUAACCAAACUAACUGCAUGUCUUUAAACUGCGGCACGAAGACAGAGUACGAAGAGAAAAGCCACAAAUGCAUGGGGAGAGCAUGCAAACGACACCUUGCUGCCCUAUUGUUUUGUCCUUUAACCUGCGCACUAUUUUUAAAAACAGCUAUUGUUAAAAACAUCAGUAGAUGUUAUUGCAAUGCAAUUAAUAAAGUUGGAAAGUUGGAAAACUUACAUUCAUCAAAAAGAGCACUUUGGACUGCUGUGCAUCUGCAUCUGUGUGCACGUGUAUAUAUGUUUGUGUGCGUGUGUGUCCAGAGUUCAGCUGAGACCGUGUCCUUCGCCCUGCCAGGCUAAGUAAACAGUAGUAGCUCCCUUCCUGAAGACGUCGAUGCACAAUGGUUCUUGAUGCAACCAGUGUCAGACCGUCGCUUGUAAGGUUCUCUUGAACCGAACAUGACGUUGUCAAACAUCAUAAUCGACAUCAGCGCUGCAGUCAUGCCUGUUACUUAUGCACCUUCUUGUACCACACUUUUCCCUCCCGGUCAGCUUUCCAUUAAUAUACUUUAUACUGCACCCUGCAAACAGCCAGCCUUUUCAGCAAUGACCUUAUGUGGUUUAUCCUCAUUGUGGGCGCUGUUGGUGAUCGUCAUCUGAACAAGUUCUGAGUCAUCAGUCUUUCCCCGACCAUGGUUACAUGUACAGAACUGGACCAAGACGUACAUCUUUAAGCUGUUUGAAUGGGGAUUUAGUCCAAAUGACGGUUUUCUUUGAUUUGCAUGAGUUAUAAACCACACCCUUUAACAUUUACUUUUAUUUUACCUUAUUGAGUUAAAUUUAAAAAAAAAAAAGAACAUUUUUCAUAAUAAGAUUUUUUUGAGAUGCACUAGUUUGUUUGAUUUCUGUUGUCUUCAACAUAAGUUAAGCUAAAGGAAUGACAGCAACACAAGCAUGAACAAUAGGAGCCCAAAGGCUUGUUCCUUCUUCUGCACUGUGCACAGUGACGACGAUGGACUGCAAUGAUAUGUUUUCACUUUGUUCACAGAUUAGGCCCUCAUCAACCGGAGGUGGAAACUCAUUCUGUGAACCGUUAGUCUGAAUGUCUUACCAUAAUCCUCCUCAAGGUCUCACACUCUGAAAAUCUUUCAGUUGCUUUAAAAAUGUUGCCAAAAACUGAGCCAAGAGCAAGUGAAAAUAGGUCAAAUGGUGCGACAAAGAGAGAAAACAGAAGAGUUUGAGGCAGAAAAGAUUAAAUGUUCAGAUUUUUUUGUUUUAAAUCUAUCCAUCUUUAAUCACUUGAGCUUCAUGUGAUAGAGCUGGGGAUUUACAAAUACAGUGCAGACAGCCGGUUCAAUACAACCAGACAUACAGCACAUUAACAGUUGUAUCUUUUUAUCAGGACUUAGAUGAGGGAUGUUAACAACCACCUUCAUUAGGUCAUAAGAUUGAUUUCAUCUCCUUUGUGCUUAAAUAAACUGCCUGGUAUGGAAAUGUGAUCAGACCAAUUUUCUUCGACUCAAACUGAAGAGAAAAACGACAACAUUUUUCCUGGUAAAACAUCUGUACAGAUGUUACCUGGGUGGGUGACUUUGAUAACUGUCAAGCUACUGCCAAUAGUCUGUUAGAGUGGCUUAUUAACCGGAUACACAGAGGAACAGCUAGCCUUUGACCACAGGUCCACAGGUUUAAAAAAAAAAAGCAGACAAACACACAAUAAAAUAUGUUUCAAAACUGCUGCUUUGUGGCAAAAGUUGUACAUGCUGCAGAAAACAGGCUUUAACUGAGAAGGCGCUUUCAUUGCAACAAUUUCUGUCCCUUUUGUGCUUUUGCUAAAGUCAAAAACAACAUUAGUCAUUGAUGAGACAGUGGGACCUUGGUCUGUUGCUCUAUGUGGAAGCAUUGAUGAUGUUUGACUAAAACCCGCCCCCUGAAUGAGAGCUGAGAGCUCUGCAGAGGAUCUAGACCUUUAACUUAAACGGCUCAGUGAAGGGGAGAAAACAGGCAGGAGAGCGAGGCAGUGUAACAGAAAGGAGAAGAUGUGGGAGGUUUGGAAAUCCACAGCAGGCACUUUGCAGCAUUUUGACAAACAGCUGAGUGCAAUGGAGAAAGCACAGGACAAAAUGUUUGCAUGUCGGAAAAUGGUCCCCCAUAUGGGAACAUUCAUUGGGGUCUACCUGCCCUGCAUGCAGAACAUUCUGGGGGUGAUUCUCUUUCUGCGCCUCACCUGGAUUGUCGGCACAGCAGGAAUUCUGGGAUCUUUCGCCAUUGUCUCCAUGUGCUGCAUCUGCCCGGUGGCUCGUAUUACAUGAUCUCCAGAUCCUUGGGUCCAGAGUUUGGAGGUGCUGUGGGACUUUGUUUGUACCUGGGAACCACCUUCGCUGGAUCCUUGUACAUUCUCGGAACCAUAGAGAUUCUUUUGCUCUACAUCAUUCCACCAGAAAAAGUGGUCAAAGAAACAACGGCCAACGACAUGCGAAUCUAUGGCACCUGCUGCCUGCUCCUGAUGGCACUGGUUGUGUUUGUAGGGGUGAAGUAUGUGAACAAGCUGGCUCUGGUGUUUCUGUCCUGUGUGGUUCUGUCUAUCAUGGCCACUUACGCAGGAGCCAUCAAGACGGCCAUCAAACCCUCAAACUUUAGUGUCUGUCUGUUGGGGAAUCGCACUCUGAAGAAUGAAAUGUUUGAAAAGUGCACAAAAACAGAUGUGGAGCUCUGGAACCUUUUUUGUGACAGUCCAUAUCUCAACGCAACCUGUGACGAGUACUUCGCCUUAAACAACCUGACCGAGAUCCAGGCCACACCGGGAGUCCUGGGGGAAGUCAUCAACGACAACUUGUGGGGCAAUUAUGGCCCAGACAACAUGGUGAUAGAGAGGAAAAACCUGUCUUCUGUACCAGCCGAGGCCAACAACGACAAACUUAAGAACUACGUCUUCAACGAUUGGGCCACCUACUUCACUCUGCUGGUGGGAAUAUACUUCCCCUCUGUCACAGGUAUAAUGGCUGGUUCUAACAGGUCAGGUGAUCUCAGAGACGCCCAGAGAUCCAUCCCAAUAGGAACCAUACUGGCUAUUCUCACCACAUCCUUCAUCUAUAUCUCCUUUGUGGUCUUGUUUGGAGCCUGUAUUGAAGGAGUGGUCCUGAGAGAUAAGUUUGGUUUCUCAGUAAAGACGAAACCUGUCAUCAGCAUUCUGGCCUGGCCAUCACCGUGGGUGAUUGUGAUUGGCUCAUUUUUUUCCUGCUGCGGGGCGGGACUGCAAAGCCUUACUGGUGCCCCCCGGCUGUUGCAGGCCAUUGCUCGCGACGGCAUCAUUCCUUUCUUACAGGUCUUUGGUCAUGGGAAGGCUAACGGUGAGCCCACCUGGGCUCUGCUGCUGACUGUCGGGAUCUGCGAGAUAGGAAUCCUUAUUGCCUCUCUGGAUCAUGUAGCCCCCAUCCUCUCCAUGUUUUUCCUCAUGUGCUAUCUGUUUGUCAACCUGGCCUGUGCUGUCCAGACUUUGCUCUGCACCCCCAAUUGGAGACCUCGCUUUAAGUUCUAUCACUGGACUCUGUCCUUCUUAGGGAUGAGUCUUUGUCUCUCCCUCAUGUUCAUCUCCUCCUGGAUCUACGCUCUGGUCGUCAUAGUGAUAGCCGGCUGUAUCUACAAAUACAUUGAAUACAAAGGGGCAGUGAAGGAGUGGGGCGAUGGAAUCAGAGGUCUGUCCUUAAAUGCAGCACGCUACGCUCUCAUCCGGCUAGAGGAGGCACCGCUACACACCAAAAACUGGAGGCCUCAGCUGCUGGUGUUGUGUAAACUGAACUCAGACCUGGAGGUGACACACCCUCGUCUCCUGUCCUUCGCCACGCAGCUCAAAGCGGGGAAGGGACUGACCAUCGUCUGCUCCGUCCUGGAGGGGACAUACAUGACCCGAGGGGACGAGGCCAAGAAAGGAGAGCAGAACUUGAAAGCAGCCAUGGCUGCGGAGAAGACAAAGGGUUUCUCUCACGUCGUGGUGUCGUCCAGCCUGCGAGAUGGUUUCUCCAUACUCAUUCAGUCAGCUGGACUGGGGGGAAUGAAGCACAAUGCCGUGCUGAUGGCCUGGCCAACAGGCUGGAAACAGGACCGGGACUCCUCCGUAAGGAGAAACUUUAUAGAAACCGUUAGAGAGACGACUUCGGCACAUCAGGCUCUGCUCGUAGCCAAGAACAUCGACCAUUUCCCUGCUAACCAGGAGCGUCUGAAGGAGGGAACCGUUGAUGUGUGGUGGAUCGUACAUGAUGGUGGACUGCUCAUGCUUCUGCCUUUCUUACUUAGUCAGCACAAGGUAUGGAGGAAGUGCAAAAUGCGAAUCUUCACUGUGGCACAGAUGGAUGACAACUCCAUUCAGAUGAAGAAAGAUCUCCAGAUGUUUCUCUACCAACUGCGUCUAAAUGCAGUGGUGGAGGUAGUGGAGAUGCAUGACAGUGAUAUCUCAGCUUUCACCUAUGAGAAGACGCUGGUGAUGGAGCAGAGAUCUCAAAUGCUCAAACAGAUGCAGCUGUCCCGCACAGAGAGGGAGAGAGAGAUUCAGAGCAUCACAGAUGUAUCGCGUGCCUCCAUAAAGAGGAAGAAGUGUUCGAGUGCCGACGCCCCGCCCCUCUACUCUCAGUGCAUUCCAGAGGAUGAGGCUCAGCUGAUUCACGACCGGAACACAGCAUCUCAUUCUGCAGCGAAUGACAAGGCUGCUGGCGCCACUUCUGAUCGUGUCCACAUGACCUGGACCAAAGACAAACUGCAGAAUGAGAGGAACAAACACAAAGAAAACAUGGCAGUGAAAGACAUGUUCAACAUGAAACCUGAGUGGGAGAAUCUCAACCACUCUAAUGUGCGGAGGAUGCACACAGCGGUGAAACUGAACGAGGUGGUGGUGAAGAAAUCCUGUAACUCAGAGCUCGUCUUGCUGAACAUGCCGGGCCCACCAAAGAACAAGAAAGGGGAUGACAACUAUAUGGAGUUCCUGGAAGUUUUAAUGGAAGGUCUAGACCGUGUACUGUUGGUUCGGGGAGGAGGUCGGGAGGUCAUUACUAUCUACUCCUAGCGCAAAGAGGUUCCUAUUUUUUUGGACGUGUACUUUAAAGGAACCAUGUUUGGACACAAAGGCUUUAAGGUGGGACAGUGACAACAGACUUUGUUUUUUAAGAAGUCCAGUAUUUCCAACCUCCUUAGAUUACAAUAACCUGGAUGACUGACGAAGAGAAGAGUGCCACAUUUGGACAACAAGGGACUCUGCAUACAGCACAACCUCAGCUUAGUGCAGAGUCUGGAAGUGAAGAGGAUUGACUACAGACAGACCACUAGGGGCUCCACCACUCCAACUCCUCCAGAUGAAAAAACAUGAACUGCAGCUUGUUUUUGUUGCCUUUAGUGCAAUCGUUGGUUUCACUGGGACAUGCAGAUAUAGUGGAAACUGUCCUUUUACAGAGUACCCUAAAGAUCACAGCAAUGACUUUUAUAGGAAUACUUUUGCGUUUGGCAAUAACAUUCAAUGAUAUUUCCUUUGUGAUCUUUAUUAUUUAUUUCCGUGCCAGUUGUGACACUUCAUUGUAACAAAUGUUUUACUUUGGGAUGAUUAAAUGAGUUGAACAUGUUUUUUAGCCAAUAUUGUGAAAGAAUAUCAAAUGUGGAAUAAUGUGUUGAUGACCAUGAACAAACGUAUGCUGCUCGUAACACACUAGGCCAUUACUGUUUUUGUUGCCACAGAUGGGAAUGUGCCAAGCAUAAUGAAGAUGUAAUAGAGUGAAAAUGAUACAGAUGAUUUGCUGGUUUCAACGUUUCAGGACAUUUUAAUUAUUGAUGAGUUUGACUGAGUUUUUGUAUGUUGUCAUAAUGUUAGUCUGUGAGCUCUUUCCUUAGACGCCACUACAGCUAGUGGCAAAGGAUGCAAUAUGGAGUCUCUAUAGUAGUGUUGUUGUUGUUGUUGUUUUCAUCAUAGGUUAGUACUGAUUCAUCUCUUUUUAGGAUGUUAUUUAGCAAAAAACAAAUAUAACUUAAAGUCUGUAUAAUAAUGAAGUUGUCAUGUCUGAUUAUUUAUGGCAAUAUGUUCUGUGCUAAUUUUCUUUGGUAAAGGUAAUAAGCAUUAAGGUACCAGUACACUAUAAAGGGGGGGAAAAACAAGGCACAACAAUGGAUAUGGACCUGGACAAAAUGAUGUGUGACAGCAAAACAACAACAAUAAUUAAUUUGUGUCUACAGUAAAUGUCAAAUAGCCUGUGCACCUCUGUGGUGAAAGGAACCGAUUGAGAUGGUUGGUUUCUUGAUGCCUCCAAAGCUGAGGUGUUUUGUACAUAUUCUACUGACAGGAAACCCCAAACCUAAGACAGACUGGAGGGAUUAUGCUGCUCGGCUGGCCCUGGAAUGCCUCGGUAGGGACCUGGGGACAGCGGCUAGCGAGAGGGAGGAGGGAAGACUUGAAAUCUCUGCUUAGACUGCUUGUGACCCUCAAAAUGAGCUUAUCCUCAAUGUGAAGUGUUUGUAAAGACUUGGAAGGAACCUCCCAUAACAAUCACAUAAAACAUAUCUAUAAACACACAGAGACAAAGGGCAGGAAGCAGGAAGACGGUAUGUAAAGGAAACGAAACUAAAGUAGUAGUCAGCCAGAUAUAGACCAUUGUGAUGUCUCUGAUGACAUUCUACUCCUCUCAAUUUCUGCCUUUUGUUACAAAACACUUGAAAUGCGUGCCAACAGUAAAUAUUUUAUCCUCUUCAAAGUUUUAUAUUAUUGUAUCAAACUGAGUGGUGGUCUUUAGUCUAAAUCUUUAUAAACAUAUGUAAAGGGAAAGUGCUAAAAAAAAAUGUCUAUGAUAUACUCAACACUACAAACAGAAAGGAAAUUGUCUGCCACCUAUAUUGAAUUUAGAUGGAAGAAAGAAGAGCCGGAAUAGAGCUGAAGAAGAAGAUUGGUCUAAUAUAUGUAAAACUAUAGCCACUACUUCCAGCUCCGAACUAUGGAGAGAAUUCACUUGGAAGAACACUAUGAGGUUUUUUAUUACACCUAAGAUUAAAGAACACCAAAGCAAAAAUGUUGACCAAGGGAACUGUUGGAGGAGAUGUGGAUAGACUUCAGCAGGCCACUUCCAUAUCUUUUGGGAAUGUCCUAAAAUCUCUCCCUACUGGUCAGCUGUGAUUGCACACACUAAGCAGAUAAUUCGGUCCCAGCUUGAAGGGAGUUUCUGUGUUUUUUAUUUAGGCAAUAUACCAAACAGACUAAAGAAACAGGAUAGAUACCGGUACAGAUACUGGCUGCCAGCAAGAAAGCUAUUACACGCAAAUGGCUGAAUGAGGAACCACCAAAUGUUUCGGACUGGACAGAAAUAAUACAUGAAAUUCACACUAUGGAACAACUAACCUUCUCUUUGAGACUAUUUUCAGAAAAAUAUGAACAAUAUUGGGAGAAAUGGAAAUGCUUUCACAGAGAAAUGACUGUAGACUCCUGUGUUAUUUCUUUAUAACAUUUG